AUGUGCAGUUAUCCUGUACGGGACGUUACAAUCAAGGCCCCUCUUGUUGCGGGUAUGGGGUUUGGCCUGGCUCUCAUCGUCUACAUACUUCGGAUGUGCUCUGCAUUACCUGGAUGCAACCGAGAACUCAGCUGGGACGACUGGACCAUUACGGCUUGCGUGCUUCUCACAAUUCCGCCAACUGUUUUUGCCUUCACUCUUUCUGCAAACGGGUUAGGAAAGGAUAUCUGGACUUUGCCCCUCACGAAUGUUGAAAACGUACUGUUUUUCUACUUCCUCGGUGAACUUUUCUACUUCCUCGCGCAAGCCAUGAACAAAGUCUCCAUUCUCUUCUUCCUACACCGCGUCUUUCAGCACAACAGCCUCGGCAAGGCGAUCUGGUUGACUAUUGGUCUCACCCUGGCAUAUGCGGCUGCGUUCUUCUUCGCGACUUUAUUCCAGUGCUGGCCCAUCAACCAUGCGUGGUUGCAGCUGGAAGAAGAUCAUUUGGGCCGUUGCAACAAUGUUCACCUGCAAGGCUGGCUGAGUGCGGCCUUCAACAUCGCGCUGGACAUCAUUAUCCUAGCCCUUCCUUUGCAUCAACUCUAUCAGUUGCAGAUGCCCUUAGAGAAGAAGCUCAUGGUCAUGGUCGUGUUUUCCAUGGGCAUUUUCGUUACAAUCGCAAGUGUCAUCCGUCUUCGUACCCUCGUCGUUUUUGCGAACUCCACCAACAUCACCUACGACUACGUAGAUGCCGCAUACUGGAGCACGAUCGAGCUCUAUGCAGGCAUUGUCACGGCCUCCUUGCCCGCAGUCUACAAGUUCCUUUCCAGUACCUCCGCCAAGAGUCCUGCAUGGUCGAUGGUCAAGUCGAAGUUGUCCGGUGCAUCGUCCAGUUCCGGGACCGGGAACUCGAACUCGGCGAUAGCGAGUGGUUCUGGUGUUUUAGCUCAUCGACUUACCCCAAAGAGAUCGGAAGCAGAAUUCGUCCUUCUGACGGAUGUUGAAAGCGGCAAGAGUCAGAGAUGGAAUUAA